ACACACACACACACACACACACACCACUGCUGUAAACGCACAUAACCCUAUCUUCACUGCUUCUUCGAUACGUCACAAGAUAAAUAAAGUCCAAUUGCACCUCCCAAACUCCAAGACAUUUUGAAGAAUGGUACCGUUAAGCUUGACUGGAGCUUCAAGUUCUCCCCGAUGCUGGGCGUCGUCAAGGUACAUUUUCUCACAUCUCUAGAUUGUUCAUGGCGUAUGAGUUACAUCAUGUCUAUGGCUGUCUCUAUGAGCGGGAUACAAGGCAGACAAAACUGGAGUGGAAGUUCAUAUCAGUGCAAUUCCAGUCUGUGGGGGAAUUGGUUCUGUCAAACUGAAAUGUGUGUGUGUGUGUGUGUGUGUGUGCAUCUUCUCUAGAGGAUGGACUACCUGCACCGCAGCCCCCUGGUCACCUGUUGUCAUUUAACUGUCUUAAAGGUGACCGACCAUGGCCUCAGUCUCCUCAGAAGACCCCCCAACCAGGACGAGGAGGGCUGGUCCAAUGAACACUGGACAUCCUUGCUGUGGAGGGCCCCGGAACUGCCGAGGGACAGCAUGCCCUCCUCUGGCACCCAGAAGGGGGAUGUCUACAGUUUUGGCAUUAUCGUUCAGGAGGUGGUGUACCGCAGCGGCCCUUUCCACAUCCCCAACAACACCCUCAAGGAAAAAGACAUAGUGGGAAGGGGUCAAGGCCGGGGUGGGUGUGGGGGGCGGAAGUAG